CGAAGACGGAGAGCAACAAAGUAGAAAAAAAAACUGUUCUACUGUUCAAAGUUGUUCAAAAAUACAUAAUAUUAUAAAUAUUACACCGAAGUUCUGUAGACAUGACUGGUUUUUAGAUUACAAGAACAUGUACUUAUACGUACCUUUGUAAUAAUAGCGAUACUAAGAAAAUAAAAGUGAACUUUCCUGCAAAGUUACAAGAAAGAGGACUGCAACAUGUUUCUCUCUAAAUAUUUUAUUGUGAGAUCAAAUCUUUGGCGUAAUUACUUUAGGAAAGAAGCUUUCAGUAGUUGUUUAUUUACUUCAAUAAGAAACUACGCAGGUGCACCUUUUGGGACCAAACCAAGCUCCUGGAUACUUUGUUUUACUAAUUCAGAAUAUCAACAUCAUACAAAAAUCUCCUUUUCAUCAAAACAUAUAAAGUUUAACUCAAAUGAUUUAAGUCAAGGUGAAGAAAUAAGUAAAGAAUUAAUACAUAUAUCAAAGCUUUUUCCACAACCUAGAGUAACAUUGAAUGAACUCUCUGCUAAGACACCACAGAAAAUAUUUGAUAUUCACUAUAAGCAAAUAGCUGUCAAAACUAAAGGCACCAAAAAGAAAAUGGUACAGGGUGACUGGGUCUGUACUUAUGCAUUCAUAUGGCCUGAAAAAAAUAAAUUUGAAAGCACAGCUUUGUCAAAACGGCAGGCAGCCGAAAAAGCUGCCACAAUGGCACUCCACUGGCUAUACAUGAACAGACAUAUUGAUGGAAAAGGACUCCCCAUAUAUGACCAGAAUGUCUUAGAUGAUCUUCGUAGUUCAAUAAACAAGCCACUUGAAGCGAGUAUCAGUGAUAACUCUGUUGCAAGAAUUGAACGGAUCUGGAGUGAUUACAACACAGGGAUAAUGCCAAUAUAUGAAGAAACUUUUAAAGCAGCAACAAGGAAAUCAAACAUAAGUCUCAUGCUAGUCAAAGAUUCCAGUAUAGAUGAAGAUGAUUUUUCGGAAGACGAAGGCCCUUCAGAAGCCGGCGCGGACAUUUUCGAAGGCCAAUACAUCCAUCCCGUGUAUGGCAGGAACAUAAGCCCUCCAUCCCCACAAGCGGUAAAUCGACGCGAAUUGCUCCUUAAGAAACACUUCGAAAGCUACGACGAAGAUCUCACGCCGCUGCCUAUCGAUGAAUACACGUCUACAAUUACAUCAGCGAUAGACAACAACCGUGUCACAAUAAUCGUAGGCGCAGCAGGAUGUGGAAAGUCGACUCGCACGCCGGCAGCCAUCUUGAAGCACUGUGGCGCCAAUACUAGCGCUAUAGUAUCGGAACCCAGAAGAGUGGCCGCUAUUGGGCUCGCUCAGAGAGUAGCCAGCGAAUUGGGCGAUGAAGUAGGUGGUUUAGUAGGUUAUCAAGUGAGAUUACAAUCUAAAACGCCACGCCCACCGUGCGGUUCCGUACUUUACUGCACGUCUGGUGUGCUUCUUAGAAGGCUACAAACUAACCCAGGUCUAAUUGGGUGCAGCCACGUGAUAAUAGAUGAAGCACACGAAAGGGACAUCAAUACAGAUAUAACACUGCUGUUGUUAAAAAAAGCGUUAGAACUAAAUCCAGAACUUAAGAUAGUUAUAAUGAGUGCUACUCUAGACAUCGAUGUGUUUACAAGAUAUUUCCAAGAAUGUCCAGUUAUAGAAGUGCCCGGAAGAACUUUCCCAGUGGAAGUGUCACAUUUGGAGGAUAUCAUAGGAAAAUACAACUUAUCUCUCGGUAACACGGUCGACAAUUGUAACCGGGAGAGUGGUAGAUAUUUCGUUAAUUGUCAAGAGUUAUUCGAAGUGAUAAAAGCAAUUGAUUCCAAAGAACCAGAAGGCGCUAUACUAGUGUUCCUCCCGGGUUGGGCCGACAUCAAGACUACUAAACGACUGUUAGACGACCAUUAUGGUGACUCGAGUACACACAUGAUAUUGCCGGUUCAUUCCAGGUUAUCGACUGCGGAUCAAUCUAAAAUGUUCUCAAAACCUCCACCAGGAAUUCGCAAAAUAGUUCUAGCUACUAACGUAGCGGAGACCUCUAUAACUAUACCCGAUGUAGUCUAUGUCAUAGAUACAGGGCUGCAUAAAGAGAACAGAACUAAGGAAGGCACUGGUACAGCCAGUUUGGAAACAACAUGGAUAUCACUGGCGGCCGCUAAACAGAGGGCCGGACGUGCUGGAAGAGUUCAAUCCGGCCAUUGCUUCAGAUUGUACACAAAAGAGAAAGAAGCCGAAUUAGCUCCACAUUCUACGCCUGAAAUCCUGAGAGUGCCGUUAGAGCAGACCGUAUUGGAUUGUAAGACUUACGCGCGAGACGUUAUGGUCGAAGAUUUUCUGUCACAAUUGCCUGAACCGCCCAGCAAGAAAGCUAUAGAAUACGCUGUCAAUGAUCUAAUCGAUUUAGGUGCCCUUACACCAACCGAGCAUCUAACCCGUCUCGGCUCACUUAUAUCUUCUAUGUCUCUACCACCGCGCCUCGGAUACAGUUUAUUAUUAUCAGUGGCGGCUGGAAACAUACUAUCUACUGCUAAUGUUGUAACUCACUGCGCUGAAAACUUGGAAUUGUUCGCUGAAGCGGCUGAAAGGAGAGACGAGAUCCGCGAUUUCAAACGAACAUACAACGAAAGCUCAGAUCACGCAGCACUUCAUAAGAUACAGACUGAAUUCGAAAUAACUACGGACAGGAUGGGCAAAGAUUACAGCCAGCAGUGGUGUGAAAGGCGACAUCUCAGGGGAGAUAGACUGAAUUACAUCAAAAAAUUAUCCAAUCAUCAUUUAGAGCAAUUAAUAAGAUCGUCGUAUAUAGAAUCUAAUCCCGACACUGACGAGUUGAGCCGGUUCUCAGAGUUGGACGAACUCACGGCGGCCAUCUUGUUGGCCGGAUCCAACACUUUGCUGAUCAGCAAGAGACACGUGAAAACCAAAGGAAAAUUGGCCACUACUGUUAAUAUGUUCACGUCUAAAGGCGAUCGAGCACAUAUCGGUAGCGAAAGCGUCAACCACGCUAUAUCGAAGCGAUCAAACAAGACCCAUUUAUUAGCUUACUACGGUGGACAACAUUCCCAUGAACGGAGGGCUUUGGUCGUAUAUAAAACGUCUUUAAUAUCACCACAUACUGCGUUAUUGUUUUGUAAAGGAGACAUAAAAGUGGAGGAAAUGGAUGAUGGUGAAAGCAGUAUGACCAAGCUUGUAUUACCGAAACACAGAUUAGAAGUUUAUGUUCCCUCCAGUCAAGCAAACUCAAUUUUGCGAGCCAGAGAGAUGCUAUGGAGUACAUUCCAGUAUUACAUUGACAGAGAUCUCAAAUGCAUUGCUUACGAUGACCACACGACUGUAUCCAGAUUCACAGCAAAACUAAUGAAGGCAGUAACUAAAAUACUUACAGAAGCUCACAAGGAACACGUGAUGGUAGACAGCAAGAAAUAUAUUGCUGAUGAAAAAUAAAAUGAGAAAUAUACUGGGCAUU